AUGGUGUACCCCGAUCUACGCUAUUCACCCGGCUUCGUUUCAUGUGACGUUUUUGUUCCGUCGUCCCCUAAAAGCCAAAUACCUUUCUCACUUUCUCUUACUCUCUCUCUCUCUAUCCUUCUCUCUAUUGAUGUAUCUAUCUAUCCUAUCGCCCUCUCUUUUUCUCUCUCUAUCUAUUUAUCUAUCUCUCCUCUCUCUCCUCACUUUUGGUUGCCGAUCAUGAUUCUUCAGAGGUCCCUCCUUUGUUGUUUUCUUUCUCUCCUAUCUAUCAAUCUAUCUCUCUUAUAUAUAUAUAUAUAUCUCUAUCUCUCUCUCUCUCUCUCUCUCUCUCCCUCUUUCUCUCUCUAUCUAUUUAUCUAUCUAUCCUUCUCCCUCACUAUUGAUGUAUCUAUCUGUCUAUCCCUUUCUUUCUACUUUCUCUCUCUCUCUCUCUCUCUCUCUCUCUCUUCUCUCUCUCUCUCUCUCUCAAGUUUUGGUUCCGAUCAUGAUUCUUCAGAUCUAUCUAUCUUUCUCUCUCUCUCUCUCUCUCUUUCUCACUUUCUUUCUCUUUCUUUCUUUCUCUUUUUUACUAGGUUCCCUCUCAAGGCCAACAAUAGACACAGCAGCAAUUUUACUGCUGACCAGGAAAAUUCAUUUUACAGAGUGAAUUGUCCAUCUAUUCGCCUAUCGACUCAUUUCUCCUCAAGAUACCCAAGAGACAAUGUCGUGGUCAAGAUUCCGUCAACUAAAUUGAUAGCCAUUCGGUCAGAUGGCCUUCUUUUCCCAUUCUGA